CUUGAGAGCUUGCUGUCAUGGCGGCCGCCACGCGUGUACUCCAGAAAGGUAUCAAGCCCUCUUUAGUGGUGAUUUUAGGAGCAACUGGAACUGGCAAAUCUAAACUGGCUAUCGAGAUCGGGAAAAGGCUUAAUGGGGAGAUUAUAAGCGCUGAUUCCAUGCAGGUUUACAAAGGGCUGGACAUCAUCACCAACAAGGUUACAGAGGAAGAGCAAGCCCAAUGUCACCAUCAUAUGAUCAGCUUUGUGGAUCCAUUGGUUAGUGGCUACACAGUGGUGGACUUCAGGAACAAAGCUCUUUCUCUCAUAGAAGACAUGCAUCAUCGGAAGAAGCUCCCUGUCAUUGUUGGAGGCACAAACUACUACAUUGAGUCCAUUUUAUGGAAAGUGCUCAUCGACACUGGGCAAGGGAGUGACACAGAGCCAGAAAAAGGUGGAGGUGCUGAUUCAAGAGCGGGGCUAGAAAAACUGGGUGGUCCUGAACUUCACAGACGGUUAAAGGAGGUGGAUCCUGACAUGGCCGCCAUAUUGCACCCUCAUGAUUCACGAAAGAUUGCAAGGAGUCUGCAGGUGUAUAUGGACACCGGAGUUCCACAUAGUCGACUUUUGGAGGAGCAGCGAGGACAGGAUGGAGGAGAUUGUCUUGGGGGUCCCUUGCGGUUCCAGGAUCCUUGCAUCUUCUGGCUGAACGGCAAAACAAAUGUUCUGGAUGAGAGAUUGGACAAGCGUGUGGAUCAGAUGUUGUCACUUGGGCUGAUUGAUGAGCUUAAAGAUUUUCACCUGCGCUUCAAUGAGAAGAUGAUCAAAGAGAGCAGUCAGAACUAUCAACACGGCAUAUUCCAGUCUAUUGGUUUUAAAGAGUUUCACGAGUACCUUACAACGAGUGAGAACAUCAGUCAGGAAGAACGUGAUAAACUGAUGAAUAAGGGGAUCGAGUCUCUCAAGCAGGUGACCCGCCGCUACGCCCGGAAACAGAAUAAGUGGGUCCGUAACCGAUUCCUCAAGAGACCUGCUAGCAAUGUGCCACCUGUUUAUGGUCUGGAUGUGACUGAUGUGACCAAUUGGGAGACUACUGUACUUACUCCUGCUCUAGAGAUCCUGGACUGCCUCCAAAAGGGAGAGCAACCAUCUGCACAGCCAAUUAAAGCAGAGGGGGUGGAGUCUCGCAAUAAGCGGAGUCAUCACAUGUGCGAUCUGUGCGAAAAGGUAAUCAUUGGAGACUUGGAAUGGACAGCUCACCAGAAGUCCAAAAACCAUCUUUAUCAAGUCCGUAAGAAGAGGAAAUCAGAGCAGGCCACAGAUCUGGAUACAAAACAUGCCAAACAUCAAAAUGACUGUGACAAGCAGGUACCUGCACUAUAACAUCCCUCGCUGCCUCUACUGGGGUGUUUUGGGGUCAAGCUUGGAGAUGGACCAAAGGAAUAAAAGUACUCUUAAUGUAUUUUUGAGAUCAAUAUGACAAGGUACUUUGAGAUUGAUUGGUUUACAGUGUGCAGCAGAGAUAUCUCCAGUGUCCCUGUGGAGUAGCAAAACUUUACUUCAGGCUCUGUGAUGCUUGGACCCCUGGAUUUGGUGGUUUUCCCCAUCUGCCACAGGCCUGUGGUUACAGUUAAUGUCUGGAUUUGGAUUCUUGUGUUGGACAGAUGUCUUCCCUGCUGCUGUUUUGUCUGAGCAGUGGUCUUUUUUAACCACAUCUAGCCACCUCUGUUGCCCUCUUAAACCACACUGUGGUGAGCUGUUCUAACCUUUUUGGCUGCUCUAACUGAACUCCAAAUACUUCACAGAUGAUUUUGGAUUACUGGAUCACAUUUGUUUUCCUGCUGAUCGAGAAUGGAGGUUAUUUAUUCAAUAUUAAAUCUUAUGCAGACUUUUUUUUGCAGGUCUUGCAUUUAAAUUCAAUCAUCUGAUCCAUUAGGAUCAGCGCAUAUCUUUGACUUUAAGCAGAUGUGGACAUUCGUCUUCAGGAUUUCCAGUGCCUUUGCCCUUUCUCUUGCAACAUCAAUCAAACAACACACAUUCAUGUGAAACGCAAUUAUAUUGUGGAAAAGAGCAGCAUGAACAUUCUUGCAAAUAACGUUUGGACGAUCAUCAGUGCGAAUAGGUAAUUUUUCAGUUUAAGACUCUGCAUUUGCUUCAUGAGUUUAAGUGUUGAUAUUUCAUUAUUUUUACAGAGUGAUAUGUCUAUUACUGCAUACAUUAUGCAAAUGAAAUUAAAGUGCUUUUUAUUUUUUAAA